AUGCGAGAAUUAGCCUUUAAAAUAGGAUUAUCUGAUGAAAUUGAUGAAUUUGAUGGUUAUAUACUUGAUAUUGCGGAUGAAGCUGAUGAUAUUAGAACAGCAAAACAUUUAAAGAAAUCUCUCACUGAUAACAAAGAUGAGAUUUUAAAAAUAAGUGACACCAACGAUUUUGGUGGUCAAAACGAUAAAUUUGGAUUAGUAUUUUAUAAUUAUAGGAAGGCUUUAUUAGAAGAAAAUUUAUUAAGUAAUAAAAGUAAACUUGAUGAAAUUAUUUUGGCAGUAAAAUUAAAUGAAGAUGCACGUGGCGAAGUUGCUUUUCUUGAAGCGGAAAUUAAGCGAAUUGAUGAUGAAAUUAAUAAGUUGUCCACUGACGAACUUAACUUAAAAUUGGCAAUUAAAUUGGCAGUUAUUAAGAAAGAAAUGAAUGACGAUGCACGGUUUAAGAGAGAAGAGUUUGAAAAAAAACAAAAAGAAGUUGAAGAAAUUGUAAGGAAAGUUAAUGAGGGAGGUUUUAAUACUAUUAUUAAUCAGGAUUGGUUAGCAAUAAAAGCCAAAAAAGGUGGUUCUCUUGUGGAAGCAAUUAAAGAGGUUGAUAAAAUUAAAGAUGAAACAGGAAUUAACAAAGCAAUUGAUGGCAAAACUCUUUCCAAAGAAGACAUCGAGGAAAUCUUUAAUAAUUAUGCCCCAACUAAAACGAAGCAUGGUGCUCUUAUUUCCCAUUUAAGAGAGAAGGGAGUUGAAGAUGGCAAUAAGAUUACUGACGAUAAGGAAGAAGAAGUAUGGAAGAAGUUUUUAACAGAUAACGAUGCAACCAAGGUAAUAAAGACGAUUGUGGCUCACGAAUAUGAAGACGCUCUAAAAGGUCCAUUUGAUGAAAAUAAUGCAAUAGUGAAAGAAAUGAGAAAGAGCGAAGCCCAUUAUGAUGAAGAUGAUACAAAAAACAAAUUUGAUAAAGACAGGUAUGGUAAUCCUAAGACUUGUGAAGAUAUAGAUAGGAAGAAAGCCAUUCAAUUCCUUUUUGAUAAGAAGAUAAAAAAUAUUAAACAAGGUUCAGUUUGA